AUGGACAGAGAAACCUUGAGCAAGCUUCGCAACAUGCAUUUUGGUGGAGGUCUCGGCGGAGGGGGAGGUGGUUCUGGAGGCAGUCAAGGAGCCCCUUCUGCUGCCGGAUCCGUCAACGAAUCCUACGACAUCGGCGAAGGCAACGAUGCUUUCACCGGCAACCGAUGGGACUCGGCCCCCCGCCCGCUCGUCGGCGCCCCACACCAAAUUCCGCCCCCGCAACUCAUGCCAUCACAGAUGCCGGCCGGAUAUCCACCCCAGCAGCCCCCGCGGCCGACCAUGCCGGCCGGACAAGGGCCCCCCAAUCAUCUCAUACCCUCGGACGUGGCCGCCAUGUCCGGCAAGCGUGACGAGGUCCGCAAUGUGUUCUGGCCGGACAUCAAGUCCUGGAUGACCUCGGACACGGCCCUUCAGCAAUUCGCCGCCCCUUGCCCGAAAUGCACAACAUCAAUGAGCGCCACGACCGGCGAAAACUCGAACCGGGCCAUGAUCCUCGUGUGCGGCCACAUUCUAUGCGAUGCAUGUGUCAAACAUAUUGCGAGCCUGUACAACGUCGGCCAACCCAAGUGUCCCUACUGUACGGGCCACAUUGGCCCGUACGGGCAGUGUGCCCUAAGUUGCAAGAAUCCGGGCAUGAUGGGUUUGCCUCUACCCAGGAACAUGGCAGAGUUCAGCAAGUUCCCGCUUACCACGCCCGAGGGCGCCGCGCGCCCUGCUUGCUGCUUCAAGUGCCGCGCUCUGCGGAUUGAGAGAGCGUCCAACUCACUGGUGAGAGCCAUGCUCAACGAGGUCAAGACUCGCGCGGUUUGGGCUCCCAGACACGACCACAAAGCAGAUGGCAAAGAUUACAGUGACUACAAGCGGGUUAAAGUGCUGGACAACUUGAUGAGAUCGAUUCGCGACGUGGCGCAUAGCGAUUACAUUUAUCAAAAGUAUACUUGGCUGACGCCGACGGCUGAAGAGAAGAAUCAAGAAGCCUGGGUAGAGAUGCUAGACACGGGGCGUCAUGUAUCUUAG